AUGCCAGCCUACCAUUCUACGUUUCUCGUUGAUGGUGCAAACUCCAGGGAAGUGGGAGACUUUGCCGUCUUGCCAUUAAAAACCAAAUUUAAAGGUCCUUCGUUACCAUGUGAUUCAGAAUACGAUAUUAUUGAUGAGAUAUUGGAUCUAUUCAGAGCAAAUACAUUCUUCAAGAAUUUUCAAAUUAAGGGUCCAGCGGACCGUACAUUAAUCUAUGGUAUCUUGUUUGUGUCUCAGUGUUUGAAUAAGCUUAAUAUACGGAUGUCAAAGUCUGAAUCUGUCAGGGUAUUAUUGAAUCUUGCAUCGGAAGACUUUGCCAUUCCUGGGGACAUCGGUUUCCCACUCAAUUCGUUGUACCAGGCUCCAAAGGACAGAAAUGAGUCUAUCUUUUUCAGACAGUAUCUUACGCAAUUCAGGCAGGAGCUUGCAAUGAGAUUGAUUGAAAGGUUAUACGGUAAGGAUGAACUUAAGCCAAAUAAGUUUUGGAUGGCGUUCAGUAGAAAGAAAUUUAUGAAUAAGUCACUUUAA